CAUAUCAUCUUCUUAUACACACACACACACACACUCUCUCUCUCUCUUCUAUUCUUACGGCGGGAUUGGCGCUUGUUUGACAUGUUUUCCGCUGCUCUCCGACACCACAUCACGACACGCUGACGACAUAGAGAGACCGGCUUGUUGGGGCCAAGCCAGUAGAGGAGUUUAACUCCAAUGAGCUCAAUCGCAUCUGAUCUUGCGCAGCGUCGCGACGACUCCGCCGAGCAGGCCUCGGCCGAAUCCACGAGUCGAGUCGAAACCACACACACAAGCGAUGACGCGCCGCCAGACUACAAUAAUGAUAAUGACGAUGAUUACGAGUCCAAGAAUUUAGAAUGCGAGUCUAAGCCACUGUUUGCCGAUGCAAAUGGGGGCAAUCAAGCGGCCCCGGAAGUGACUUUCGCCUCGAGAGCUAUCCAGUUCUUUGCGACAGCGACGCCGUCAACCCUUGCGGGAUUAGGCGUGGGAGUCUCGGCGGUGACUUAUGCUGUUCUUGGGAGGCUUGGUCUCGUGCUGAUAGGAGCAUUCGGCGGCGUGGUCUCCUUUAUUAUAUGGGAAUCGAAGCACCCGGAGCUGGCAAAGGCCAUUCGCGGUGAGGAGAGUACGAAGGUGCUAGACAGGGUUUGGGCAGAUUUGACGUCUGCGCGGUCGCUGGAGACGCCAGAUGAUGAAGAUGAGGAUCAGAAUCGUAUCAAAAGCUUCGACGACUUUCGCCCAGAAACGAAAGAAGCGCUGAGCGGCUUAGUCGAUGCCAUUAUCCAAAACUACAUCAAGUGGUGGUACAAUCCAAUUGUACCUUCCGAUCACGCUUUUCCUCUCGCUUGCCGCAAGUCGAUCACGUCGUUUGUCUUGGCUAUAUCGAACCGGAUGACCCGUAAGCGACCGGCCGACGCUUUCCUGGACCUCCUGACCAACUCAACUUCCAUGAUAAUCGUGUUUCUUUCAGAAUUGGCGGCUGCAUUCGCUGCCCUCCCGCCUGAUGCGAAUCUGACAGCCGCAGACACCAUAUACAACUAUCUUGCCGAGAAUCCCGACUCUCGUCUUGCGAAUCUGCUAAACCAGAGGCAACAAGCAACAAAAUUCAAGAUGGUAUCCGAAGAUUUGCUUGGAUUCCUCGACAAGAAUGCUUACAACUGCGACCCAGCGCGAAUUUUCUUGCGGGAGAUUCUCGCAAAUUCAGUGUUUGAGCAGACGUUGCAGCAGUGCAGCAGGGCCGAGUGGAUCAAUGGAUGGAUUGUAUAUCUGUUAGAAGCGGGCGAACCGAAUCUGAAUCAAGCAAUUGACGUCGGGAUGCAGACCGGCCGCGAUGUGGCCAACAAUGUCUUCGCCGACCUAGAUGGCAACGUUGGCAAUGUCGGCAUCGCAAAACCCCGGCGCGGUAGUAACGAUCAAGGCCAGACUCGGCGCAAGGAGACGUCUCACAAGAAAAAACUAAGCAAGGCAGACGAGGAACUAGAGGGAGCCAUGGAGGAAAUGAAACGAAUGAAUGCCAUGAUAGCAGAGGAUGAAGCGCGACGGAAAAGGGCCUCGACGUUGACCGAAGCAUCUGAACGCUCAAAGCAGAGCAUGGAUAUGGCAACUCGAGAUGCGGAAGCUCAAAAAAAUGAGGAAGCAUUUUCACCGACAUCUAACAGAUUCUCGCCCGGAGGAGCAUCGGUAGACGGCGUCUCAUCCAAGAGCGAUACAAUCUACACUCCCCAUACGCCGCGGUCUACAGCCGAUUCCGCUAGCCAAGAAUCAUCUCCACAGGAAAACAAAGAGCAGUCAUUUACAAGCUUCGAUCAGAUUGUCCCGCCAGGCCAACCAGUAGUGGACGAGGAAGAGGCACCGAGAAAGGAACCGCUUACUUUGCACAACGCUUCAUUCACUCUAAACGACGAUGGCUCGGGCGACACGGGGAAGAUUCGAAGCAAGCCGACCGUAGACUACCUGAUUCAGGUAGAGCCGUCAUCUUCUCACUAUCCCGGUUGGAUGAUUGUAAGGCGGUAUUCGGAUUUUGAGACUCUUCACGAGAUCCUGAGACGAAUUGCAGCCGUAUCCGGUGCCACAGCCUUCAUGGAGCUUCACAAGGAGCUGCCAAGCUGGAAGGUUCACACCCGAGAGUCUCUUCGUGGUGAACUGGAGAGGUAUCUACGAGAUGCUUGUUGGUAUCAAGCUUUGGCAGAAAGCGAGGGAAUGAAGCGAUUCCUCGAAAAAUCACAGGGACACACGCAUGGCAACUCCAAGUCAUUUGGCUGGGAGACGGUGGGCAAGAAUAUGCUUGAGGUGCUGUCCAUUGGUCCAAAAGGAGCCGUAGAAGGUGGAAAGACUCUUGUCGGCGGCGUCAGCGGUGUCUUUGGUCACUUUGGCGGCCUGGGUCGAAAGUCGACCACUCAAUCCAUCGACCUUACUCCCCCGAACCCAAACCGGUUAUCCACAUCGUCGAUAACGGGCAGCCGAGUCGAUAGCAUUGCACGAUCACCCGCGAGGUCGGAACGCGCCAGUCUCGAUAGUCAGAGAUCAUCCGUCAUUGCGACACAGCCGGGCAGAGUAGAGCGAAUGCCAAGCUUCGUCCAAUCUCCCAACAACAGCGAGACAGAUCUACGGUUGGGCCAGAGAGGCCGAGUUGACUCGAUAUCCACUUCAGUAAGCGCUCGACAGAGCAGAGAGCACAGCAGAGCCUCCAGCUUGGCCGCUCUCCGGUCACCAUCAUCAAUAAGUCUAGAUUUUACAAAGCUUCCGCCGCCGCCAGAUGAGAUUAGCGAUGACUAUGAAUCGCAGGCAAACGACUUUGAAACGAAGUUGCGUAGAAACGCGAGUUUCGUGGAGGAUCAGAGCCGUAACAACAGCUCGCAGGUACUGAGCGCGUCCGCGUCCGCGCCGGCGUUAUCGGGAAAGAAGAGUCCAGCGAAGCCUGCCCGGCAAUAUGCUCAGCUAACGGAACCUGAAACUCGGGUAGCUGUUGAGCUCAUCUUUGCUGUCAUUAAUGAGAUGUACACUCUCUCUUCAGCUUGGAACAUCCGGCGAACACUCCUCACGGCCGCGAAGUCGUUCCUGCUACGCCCUGGAAACCCUUCUCUCUUGACCGUACAGUCUCUUAUCCAGUCAUCUGUGAUAGACGCCAACACGUCCGACGCAGGGAUCGCGACAGGGUUGCGCAAAAUACGCGAGAAUACCAUGCCCACGGAACAGGAGCAAGAAUCCUGGCCAGCACAGUCGACGGAAGAAGAGAAGAGAGAGCUGGCCGUAAAGGCACGUAGGCUGCUAAUACAGAGCGGGGUGCCGGCCGCGCUGAUGGGCGUGAUGGGGCAGUCGGCCACAGGCGAGGCCCUCGGACGUGUGUUUGACUGUUUGCAGAUCGAGGAGAUUGCCAGGGGAUUGAUUUUUGGCCUAAUACUGCAGGCAGUGAGGGUUCUUACGCAUUGAUUACGCAUUUUUAUUAUUUUGGCACGAAAAUACGAAAUAGGGACUACGCCACCUGAAGCUAUUGGCAAUGAAGCGGGACGGAGAUUAUAACGCGGUAUAUGAAAAAGCUUCUGCUACGGAGAACCACUGGGAGGGAUAUCCGGGGAUGUUUUCUUCUUUGGUUCUGUACACGAUGAAAAAGAAAAGAGGGCGGGAACAUAAUUAACUCUUGGUUGCUUUUUUUGGUAUUCCUCCGGAGGACUAUUGGAUGAAUGGGGUGCCUUUUUUGCUGCCCCCCUUUUCUUGACCUCGGGUGUAAGCCAACCUCUUUAACGAUGGGAUGAGACGUGUGUGCUUCAUUUAUUGUCUUCAACAUAGCAUACCUACAGUAUCACUUUUUGAGGCCAUCAUGUAAUAUUAGUGUGGCCUCUUCCUUUCUGUUUCAUUUUCUUAAACUUUUAGAGAGAAUAGUUGUAAUAUUACUAGAUGGGCAGACUUUGCUCUUG